AUGACGAUGAUGAAGAACACCGAAAUGAACAUGGUAACAAACAGCGAUGCCGUGCGGUCACGACCUCCCGGUACUCGCCGCAGUGGUACUGAUGCGCAGAUUGAUUCUGAUAGCGAGUUCGAAUUUGCCCCGUCUGCCUGUGAUGAUAGUGAAGAAUCCUCGGAACCUGGGCAAAGUGAGUCAGGAGAGUCACGGAUGGAGAGCGGCAAUCUUACACCUUUCGAACGCCACUUAUCGAAAAAGGAUGUCUGGAAAGCGCUUCGAUCUGCUCUCACGUCAGAAGAACUAGAGACGUUCAACAAUGUUCUGAAACGUGAACCUAGCAGAGAUGUGGACGAAAUCGAGGAUAGUCCACCAGCAGGAAUGUCAGGCAGAGAGCGAGAGCGACCAAAAACUGAAGAAGGACAAGAAUCGCAGAGCUGGUUAAGCCUCAUUUAUGACGUGCCUCCUCUAUCUACCUUUUUGAUGGGCAGCUAUUGGAAUGACAAGCGCUUUCUCAGACAGAGGUAA